AAUAUUAACCCAGCAGGGCUGUGACUCCACUUAUUCUGCUUCCUUUGCAAUCCCCCUGCAGCCAGGGCUGAGCAGCAUGGCGCACACCAAAACCAGCAUACUGAGGGGCCUGCUCUUCUCCAGCCUUCUGCACCUCACCUUGAGCCACGCUGGAGUUUUCCUGGAAAAGGGGCAGGCACUGUCAGUGCUCAAGCGCCACCGACGUGCCAACAAGGGAUUUCUGGAAGAGAUGCUUAAGGGAAACCUGGAGCGAGAGUGCCUGGAGGAGAAAUGCAGUUACGAGGAGGCUUUCGAAGCCCUUGAAUCCAUCGAUCAGACGGACAUUUUUUGGUCAAAAUAUCAAGUAUGUCAGGGCCUGGGAAUGUCCAGGACAGUUCUGGAUGCUUGUCUAGAAGGUAACUGUGCUCUUGGGCUGGGCCAGAACUAUCGGGGAACAAUUAGCCACACCAAGUCUGGGAUUGAAUGUCAAGUGUGGACAAGCAAAUACCCACAUAUUCCUAAAUUUAAUGCCACCAUUUAUCCCAACCUCAUUGAGAACCACUGCAGGAACCCAGACAACAACUCGGAAGGGCCAUGGUGCUACACCCGAGACCCAACGGUGGAACGGGAGGCGUGUCCCAUCCCUGUGUGUGGUGAAGAUAGAACAACAGUUCCAUUUACUCCACUGGCCGUAGAACCUGCACCAAUGGAGCCUUGUGAACCAGAGAAAGGCAUGCUUUACACAGGGACCCUCUCAGUCACUAUGUCUGGAGCUAAGUGUCUGCCAUGGAACUCUGAGAGAGCCAAAGAGGUGCUCCAUGGAAAACACAUCGACCAAGAAGUGGAGCUGCAAGAGAAUUACUGUCGGAAUCCAGACAGAGAUGACGAGGGUGUCUGGUGUGUCACAGAUGAACCACCCUACUUUGACUACUGUGAUCUGCACUACUGCGACAGCUUACUAGAGGAUGAGAACCAAGAGUCUGAGGGACUAGCAGGACGUUCUACUAUUCCUAAAGAGUUCAAAACCUUCUUUGAUGAAAAAACUUUUGGUUCUGGUGAAGCAGAUUGUGGCACUCGUCCUUUAUUUGAGAAGAAAAAGAUAACAGACAAAAGUGAGAGGGAGUUGUUGGAUUCCUACACAGGAAGAAUUGUCAAUGGGGAUGAUGCAGAAGUCGGCAGCUCCCCCUGGCAGGUGAUGCUCUACAAAAAGUCUCCCCAGGAGCUGCUGUGUGGUGCCAGCCUCAUCAGUGACAGCUGGAUCCUGACUGCUGCUCAUUGUCUUUUUUAUCCACCCUGGGACAAGAAUUUAAGUACAAGUGACAUACUGGUGCGGAUUGGCAAGCACGUAAGAGCAAAAUAUGAAAAGAAUAAAGAAAAGAUUGCUCUUUUGGAUAAAAUCAUCAUCCAUCCCAAGUACAACUGGAAGGAGAACAUGGACCGAGACAUUGCACUCAUGCACUUAAAGAGACCCAUCAGCUUCAGUGACUACAUCCAUCCUGUCUGCCUGCCUACCAAAGAGGUCGUGCAGAGGCUGAUGCUGGCAGGUUACAAAGGGAGGGUAACUGGUUGGGGAAACCUGAAAGAAACGUGGGCCACUAACCCCUCCAACCUGCCCACAGUCCUGCAACAGGUCAAUGUGCCCAUUGUAGAUCAACGUACCUGCAAGGCAUCCACCAGAGUUAAAGUCACUGACAACAUGUUCUGUGCAGGUUACAGUCCUGAUGAGUCAAAGAGAGGAGACGCCUGUGAAGGAGACAGUGGGGGACCUUUUGUAAUGAAGAACCCAGAUGACAACCGUUGGUAUCAAGCAGGAAUCGUUUCAUGGGGAGAAGGCUGUGACCGAGAUGGCAAAUAUGGAUUUUACACCCAUGUAUUCCGCCUGAAAAAGUGGAUACGAAAAGCCAUCGAAAAUCAUGCGCGAUAGAUGAAACAUUUACCUUACUUGAUCUCAGUUUUGUUACAAUGCUCCACUUUAAAACAUAAGCAUAGAAAAUCCUGAAGUAAAACAAGUUAUAUCCUUACAACCUGACAAAGUCUUAUCCCUUCAAAAUAAAAGCUCUGAAACCCAUCUUCUUUUUAUUCAUGCUGAGUUUAGUUGCAGUUGGAUCUAAGUCAUGACAGAAGCCAGGAUUACCACAGCAUGAGCUACACUGCUAAUUACCUGUUGUGCUUCAAACAAAUUCCCCUCCCUUCCAUCAGCUAUAAUGAACAGGUUUUGGACCUCACAUAACAGCCUUGUCAGUCACAGCAAGAAAGAUUGUGGCCUCAUGCACUAUCCUUUUCCUCCCUUCAAGACAACUAAUUUUCUGUUUUAGUUUUUGACCCACAUAUGUACUGGAGAUAACAACCCUACAGUACCUGUGGCAUUACACAAAACACCAAUGUCAAAAGUAAAGCAAUUUGAAGUUGUUUUGAACAGACAAAGUGUUCCCAGCUACAACAGCAGGCAAUAAAUACCAGCACCACUGUGUGCAAUCCAUCCUACAAAGGAAUAGUGGCUUGAAUACAUUAAGCAGCACUUCCAGUAAGUUCCUACACAGCAGGUGGUGCUGGGUCCUCAUUGUGUAUUUUCCACCUGCACAGCAAGAUUCUGAAGGAAGCAAUUCAUGCAGUCCUUGUCAAAGCCUGCAAUGGAAGCAUCCUGCACAAUACCUGUUUGCUUGUGUUAUAAAGGCUGUUUAGGGAUCACUCCAAAAGCCAGCUUCAGUCUUUCAUAAACUCCUCUUUAGCAGGAAUUUGUGGACGACUGAGGACCCAGAGGGACAGCAGUAAACACAAAUUCUUCACCACUGAAUUUGUUCAGCCCAAUUUUCUACUAACACAAUCAUGAGAUCAGAAAAUUCUCUUUGCUCCCUAUGGCACCACGUUUCUAAACUUCUCACUCACAAUGCCAUAACGUCCCAGGAACAGGCAACAGUGAAGUUAGUUAUUCUAAAAAAAAGUUACUGAUCAAUUAGUGUCUGGCCACCUCCUUUUAGAUAGCUCAUCUGGGAACCAAGUUGAAGCAGCCCAACUUGAUUGCCUAAAUAAAGCAUAAAAACCAACCUCUCAAAGAAAUCUGAAGAACAAAACCUCAAAAGCUUAAGUUUCAUGACUGUUUAAACUCAUUGAUAAGCACAGACACUGAACACUGAAAAUGUUUAGCCUUUCUAAUGUUUAAAUUUUAAGCCUCAUGCCUUCACUAGUAUCAAAUAAUCUGUGACAAAGAGGGGAACCAGGACCAUACCGUUUCUGGAGAAGUUACUGUUCAUAUUGACUUGUUACAAACAAUACAGAGGAAUCAUUUUUAAAAUUCAGUUUAAUGUUAUUUAAAUAUUGUCUGGGCUAAAGAUUAGGCUUUAUUAAUUUAUGUGCACAAGUUUUAGUUCAGAACUCCCAGGAUAUUGAGUCCAACCAAACACUACAAAGACACAGGGCAAAAACUCAUUCAUAAAAACAACUGUAUCUUCUGCUACUCAAUUAUUCCUGUAUUUCACUUCUGAUUCAGCUUCAAAUUUAAAAUAGUUUAUACAGAUUUGCAGGCAUUGCUGUUUUAACAUCCUGAGCUAAUUAACAAAUAGUUCUUCAGAAUGUCUGCUGAAUAUGGUAAAGGAACAUAGGGAUUAUUUUAAAUGUCACUAAGUUUCAGAGAGCAGCUAGUAAUUGAGAGGUAGUGGCAGUAACUCUAGUGUCAGCUGACACAAACUAUUCACAAACUGCCCCAGUUUAAGUGCAGAAAACCACAGCACUUACCAAUAAGAGCCAAACCUCCACUUGUAAGAGAGCUGUUCCAUAAGUGCAUGCCCAUUUCAGGUUAUGAGAGGAGACUGACUACUGAAUCGAGGCAGUGGAGCACUGAAUGGCAUCCUAUCAGUUAACACAGGAUGGAGAACGCUCGUGAUCACCUGCUAUCACGGUGUGCAAACUCACCAUAAGCACCAAGCAGCAUUAUGUCAACUGCAACCCCAGCCUAGAGGUCCUGGGAAAGGAAGAUUUUAGACAUUUGCAGAAGCUCUGGCAUAGAUCUGCUGUACAAGUACUAAUUUAAAGCCACGCUUUUAGUGUAAUCAGGCAAGACAGUUUCAGUAAUGGCUCUUAUGCAGACGGCUGGUCCACAUAGCAAACAACAAAAGCAGCAGUUAUAUGGAACAGAUUAAAAUCUAGCAUAGAAGUGUGUUAUUUUAAGUCUGCCUGUCCAACUCUUCAAUAACUCUGUUCUAGCUAUGGAACAGAUGUGCAAUUCAUGCUUCACAACCAGUUUUCACAUGGAAGUGCAGUAAUAAGGUGAAAAUACAUCACCUCCCUAGAAAUGAAAGGGCUAGAAAGGAUACACAGUGUGUCUUAAUCUUCACUAUUUGGAGCUUCUGAAAAAGGCUAAUCACUCAUAAAAAAAAAAAAAAAAAAAAAAAAAAAAAAAAAAAAAAAAAAAAAAAAAAAGUGGCUACAACUUUUGCAGACUAGCUCUAUUAGGUGUCUUAGUUACAACAUGGUAACAUCUGAUGUUUAAGAAUAAAAAGAAGUAGUGAGUGAGGUUUACCUGCAUGAGGAACACUGCUUAACCAGAUGAGCUCAGGACAAAUGAGUCCACUGACUGUACACUGCUACGCUAUUCCAUACCAACAGGCUCCCUCAAAGAAAGCUCCCUCAGAUGUGACCACACAGUCUGGGUAAAAGCAUCACAAGGACUAGAUAAUUCAAAAUAAGCAUUUCAGCAAACGAAGUAUUUUCAAGUUACAGAAACUUAUUCCAAAACAAAAAAGCAACUAUAUGAAAAAUGUACUACUGCUCAUAGAAGUAAGAGUGCAAAGUCUCAGGA